AUGGAAGAAAACAAGAUCGAAAAGAAAGAACCCGUGAGUGCUGAGCACAUCAACAUUAAAGUUGUCAGUGGUGACAGCAAUGAAGUAUUCUUCAAAAUCAAGCAAACCACCCCAUUGCGGAAACUGAUGGAUGCUUACUGCGAACGUCAAGGAAAGGCUGCCGAUUCCGUUCGUUUCUUGUAUGAUGGGCAUCGUGUACAGUCUACAGACACACCCCAAUCGCUUGAUAUGGCCGAUGGUGAUACGAUUGAUGUUAUGGUGGAGCAGAUUGGAGGAAGCUUACAAAGCACGAUGCAAUAA